AGAACAUCACCAUAUACGAACUUACAAUUACCCUUGAAUAAAUAUGGCUGACCUUCCCAUCCCCCCUGGAACCAACCCCCACUUCAAUGCGCUAACCACCUAUGGCCGACGAAAUGUCGUCAUUGGUAUGGCCGUUGUGUACGUUGGAGCCUUUGUCCUGCUCACUCGAGGAGGCAAGAAAGAGGAGACGCCUGUUGCAGCAGCUCAGUAAAUCAAGCUAAAGAGCCGGUGCGUGCGCCGAAGAAACAUCUUGGAUAAUUAAAUUUGCAAUACUGGCCUACAACAUCCGGUUGUUUAUCACUGAUUUAUGAUAUAACCUCCAAUUCAUAUCUCUACUUUAGUGUGUAAAAGCAGCAGGUUAUAAACGAAUCUGAAGAAGUAUGUGCAUACGUAUAUUCGAAUGUGCUUUGAUUAAGAACUUCGCCUAGUGCCGCAACAAAUUGUAGCUGUAUCGAUAUAGAUUUUUAUAGAUACGUGUGUAUCUAUACAAUAUGCUUAUAUAUAUAUAUAUAUAUAUAUAUAUAACUGAAUAUCAGUUGCGAACUUUCAUCAAUUGGACGCACCUGCACACAUUUUCGUAAUUUGAAAAAG